GAGGAUUUUAGGGCAGUAGUGUUUGGGUCUGGGGGCUUCCAGGGGGUGAAGGUUGUAGGUGCAUAGUGUUUGGAUCUGGGGCCCUGGAUUUACCUGGACUCCGGAGCUGGGGCCCUUGUGGAGUUAUUGUGUGAGCUGGUCUGGCCGGGCCAUGUAUUGGAAGAGCGAGCAGAUGUUUUUAUGUAAACUAGAAGAUAAGGAUAUCCCUGCAGUAUCAUCUGAUAAGUUUGUGGCCCUAAUGUCCGAGGAGUGCGGGAGAGGAGCAGCCAUGGGGCGCAGCCGGAAAAACGAGGAGACAGUCCUGCUCCAAGGAAGUCCAGGAGCAGCUCUGGAUGAAGAUUCAUGUUCAUCGUCCCCUCUGUCCCCUGUGUCAUCGUCUUCACCUCGUUCCAUGACAUCAGCUGGUCUUACCCAGGGCAAGAGUAUCUGCAGCAGCUGCGGCUUGGAGAUAGUCGAUAAAUACUUGCUAAAGGUGAAUGACCUCUGUUGGCACGUCCGUUGUCUGUCCUGUAGUGUGUGCAGAACCUCCCUGGGAAGACAUACCAGCUGUUACAUCAAAGAUAAAGACAUAUUCUGCAAACUUGAUUAUUUUAGACGAUAUGGAACGCGCUGUUCCCGAUGUGGACGGCACAUCCAUUCCACUGACUGGGUUCGGCGAGCUAAGGGGAAUGUCUAUCACUUGGCGUGUUUUGCCUGUUAUUCUUGCAAGAGGCAGCUGUCCACGGGAGAAGAGUUUGCUUUGGUAGAAGAAAAAGUGGUUUGCCGAGUGCAUUACGACUGCAUGUUGGACAACUUAAAAAGAGCCGUGGAAAAUGGGAAUCGAGUUAGUGUAGAAGGAGCCUUGUUAACCGAACAAGACAUUAAUCAGCCUAAGCCUGCUAAGCGAGCAAGGACCAGCUUCACGGCAGACCAGCUCCAGGUCAUGCAAGCACAAUUUGCCCAAGACAACAACCCAGAUGCACAGACCCUACAGAAAUUGUCUGAAAGGACAGGCCUAAGCAGGCGUGUAAUACAGGUUUGGUUUCAGAAUUGUCGGGCACGCCACAAGAAACACGUCAGUCCUAAUCAUUCGUCUACUGCGCCAGUGACAGCCGUACAGUCCUCAAGGCUUUCACCACCGAUGUUGGAUGAAAUGACCUAUUCUGCAUAUGUACCUCAAGAUGGACCGAUGCUAACUGCUUUGCAUAGUUACAUGGAUGCUCAUUCUCCAUCUGCGCUUGGUCUCCAGUCUCUCCUGCCUCACUCCAUGACACAGCUACCGAUCAGUCACGCGUAGACCUUUUUCUUGGAUCCCCACAUUUCUCCCCCCUCAACAAGAAUGUAAAUGUUUGGGUAUAACAUUGAAACAUUUAUUGUGUAUACAAUCUGAAUAAGAGCACAAGUUAUUUUGUAUGGCUCCACUUGGUGCUGAAAGACCCAAAGUUCCGCUAACCGUCUGCAGUGAAGGAAUUUCAAUGCACAGUCGAAUUCCAUGUUUUUUAGGGUGUGUAAGUAUUAAAGGGUUGUUCGUCAAGUACCACUAAAUUCUUCCACUUCUGCAUCCUUUAAAUUUUUUUAUUUUUUUUGUACUGUCUGGAAAUAGUCCAAAUUAGUUGUUUGUUUUAAUUUAUUUGUCAUCAUAAGAGCACUUAGCCAAAAAAAGGACUGACAGGUGUGCAACAAAUGUUUACAAUUUUUUUGUGAAAUUGUAGUUUUUGUCAUUUAGUUUGUAUCUGUAAAUUAUUACAAAAGUGCAUAUGUAUGCGUUACUUUAAACUUCUCAAUUUGCAUCUGUGAACUGGCAAAUUCAGUUUAUUUUUUU